AUGUCUAUGCAGGGUCCCCAGAGGAGGCUGCAGGGCUCCUUCAACUGCACCCCCCCAGCCACCCCUCACCUCAGGCUGGCUGCCAACCAGACGGGGCCCCGGUGCCUGGAGGUGUCCGUUCCUGACGGGCUCUUCCUCAGCCUGGGGCUGGUGAGCGUGGUGGAGAACGUGCUGGUGGUGGCCGCCAUCGCCAAGAACCGCAACCUGCACUCGCCCAUGUAUUACUUCAUCUGCUGCCUGGCUGUGUCCGACCUGCUGGUGAGCGUGAGCAAUGUGCUGGAGACGGCGGUCAUGCUGCUGCUGGAGGCCGGCGCCCUGGCCACCCAGGCGGCUGCAGUGCAGCAGCUGGACGAUGUCACUGACGUGCUCAUCUGCGGCACGAUGGUGUCCAGUCUCUGCUUCCUGGGCGCCAUCGCCGUGGACCGCUAUAUCUCCAUCUUCUACGCGCUGCGGUACCACAGCAUCGUCACGCUGCCCCGUGCGUGCUGGGCCAUCUCCGCCAUCUGGGUGGUGAGCGUCCUCUCCAGCACGCUCGUCAUUGCCUACUACGACCACGCGGCCGUGCUGCUUUGUCUUGUCGGCUUCUUUGUAGCCAUGCUGGUGCUCAUGGCGGUGCUGUACGUGCACAUGCUCGCCCGGGCCUGCCAGCACGCCCGAGGUAUCGCCCGGCUCCAGAAGAGGCAGCGCCCCGCCCACCAGGGCUUUGGCCUCAAGGGUGCCGCCACGCUCACCAUCCUGCUGGGCAUUUUCUUCCUCUGCUGGGGCCCCUUCUUCCUGCACCUUUCACUCAUGGUCUUCUGCCCUCAACACCCCAUCUGUGGCUGCGUCUUCAAGAACUUCAACCUCUUCCUCACCCUCAUCAUCUGCAACUCCAUCGUUGACCCCCUCAUCUACGCCUUCCGCAGCCAGGAGCUCCGAAAGACCCUCCAAGAGGUAGUGCUCUGCUCCUGCCAGUCCCCACCCAUGCUGGCAGCUUCAGCCCAGACUGCUGACCUCAAGGCCAGGAGCUGGUUCCCGGCAGGGCUAGCCUUUGCGGGGGGGACAGGACGACCCUGGUGGCGGCGGGAGGAGGCGGCGGGCGGAGGCGGCGCGUCGCGCGGCGGAGCGGGGAUGCGCGAGCGGGCGGCGGGGGCGGCCGACCCUCCGCAGCCAGCCCCGGCCUGUACGCGCGUGUCCCGCAGUCGCCCGCCGCACGCACCGAGCAUGAGGGAGAUCGUGCACAUUCAGGCCGGCCAGUGCGGCAACCAGAUCGGGGCCAAGUUCUGGGAGGUCAUCAGUGACGAGCACGGUAUAGACCCCAGUGGCAACUAUGUGGGGGACUCAGACCUGCAGCUGGAGCGCAUCAGCGUCUACUACAACGAGGCCUCUUCUCAUAAGUAUGUGCCUCGGGCCAUUCUGGUGGACCUUGAGCCCGGAACCAUGGACAGCGUCCGGUCUGGGGCCUUUGGGCACCUUUUCAGGCCUGACAACUUCAUCUUCGGUCAGAGCGGGGCCGGCAACAACUGGGCCAAGGGUCACUACACGGAGGGUGCUGAGCUGGUGGACUCCGUCCUGGACGUGGUGCGGAAGGAGUGUGAGAAUUGCGACUGCCUGCAGGGCUUCCAGCUGACCCACUCUCUCGGUGGGGGCACGGGCUCGGGCAUGGGCACGCUGCUCAUCAGCAAGGUGCGUGAGGAGUACCCUGACCGCAUCAUGAACACCUUCAGCGUGGUGCCCUCACCCAAGGUGUCGGACACGGUGGUGGAGCCCUACAACGCCACGCUGUCCAUCCACCAGCUGGUGGAGAACACGGACGAGACCUACUGCAUCGACAACGAGGCCCUGUACGACAUCUGCUUCCGCACCCUCAAGCUGGCCACGCCCACCUACGGAGACCUCAACCAUCUGGUGUCGGCCACCAUGAGCGGCGUCACCACUUCCCUCCGCUUCCCCGGCCAGCUCAAUGCUGACCUGCGAAAGCUGGCCGUGAACAUGGUGCCCUUCCCGCGCCUGCACUUCUUCAUGCCCGGCUUCGCGCCGCUCACCGCCAGGGGCAGCCAGCAGUACCGCGCGCUCACGGUGCCCGAGCUCACCCAGCAGAUGUUCGACGCCAAGAACAUGAUGGCCGCCUGCGACCCGCGCCAUGGCCGCUACCUGACGGUGGCCACCGUCUUCCGCGGGCGCAUGUCCAUGAAGGAGGUGGACGAGCAGAUGCUGGCCAUCCAGAGCAAGAACAGCAGCUACUUCGUGGAGUGGAUCCCCAACAACGUGAAGGUGGCCGUGUGCGACAUCCCACCCCGGGGGCUCAAGAUGUCCUCCACCUUCAUCGGCAACAGCACGGCCAUCCAGGAGCUGUUCAAGCGCAUCUCCGAGCAGUUCACCGCCAUGUUCCGGCGCAAGGCCUUCCUGCACUGGUACACGGGCGAGGGCAUGGACGAGAUGGAGUUCACCGAGGCCGAGAGCAACAUGAAUGACCUGGUGUCCGAGUACCAGCAGUACCAGGACGCCACGGCCGAGGAGGAGGGCGAGAUGUACGAAGACGAUGAGGAGGAGUCCGAGGCUCAGGGCCCCAAAUGAAGCCACUGGAGUGGCGGAGCCAGGCUGCGGCCGUGGCCAAGAGGCCUGUCCCCCAGAGCCAUGUCGCCACUGACACCACCCCCAGCCUCGCCCCCGCCAGCUCCGGUCACGGCACCCCAGGGCUCCCGAGUGUCUGUCCUCCAGUAUUUACGGCAUCCCCACCCCACGUGAGUCCUGUCUUCCCUCCAUAGGUCAGGUCCACUUCUGUGUCUGCUUUAUUGUCAGCUCCAGGCCUGUUUUAUGGUUUGUUUUGUUUUCUUUUGUUUUUUUUUACUGGUUUGUGUUUAUAUUUUGAGGGGGGAUACUUAAUAAAUUUAUUGCUGUCAGAUA